CAGUCAUCUAGGGUUGCUCAAAGUGUACAAUCAACUCAACUUGCAGUGUAACAAUGAAGCUCACGAUUGCCGUUAUCGCAUUGGUUCUGGCCAUCAGCGCCGGAGCAUCUCCCGCUCCAUAUGCCCACGAUGUUGUGGCCUAUGCCAACCCAUGGCCCGUGAAGGCCAGCACGGUUUGGCCAGCCUAUGGUGGAUUGUACGGAGGUAAGGUUGCUGUGGUUCCAGAAGUUGGUUACGAAAAGUACGCUGCCUACCCGAACGUGUAUGGAAACUGGCCAGCCUACGGAAAGAGCUGGGGAUACUCUGCUCCGGUUGUUUCCAAGGUUGUGGACAACGGUCUGUGGAACUACGGUGGAUACGGAUAUGGACAUGGAUACGGUCUGGGAUAUAACAAGUACUGGUAGUAAGGUUUCCAUUACGGAUCAUGAAUAAAAUACUAA